AUAAAACCCACCACUCUUCUAGGUUUCUAUUUUAAUUUUCAAUAUAAUUAAGGACAUACAGUGUUUCAGCUAAUUAGUUCCUUCAGGACAGAAUUAUGAUGAUCAAUUGCUGUUUGUUUUCCACAGAUUCUUCUUCAUAGUCCUUCUUUUGGUACUGGGCUAUAGUCAGAAGAAAUCUGCACCAUCAACCAAAAAUAGUCUUGGAGGUACACUGGAAGCAGAGGCCUGAGAGUUUUGCUUUUCAUGUACAAUAAUACUCAGCAUGUUGUUACUCUAUCACAUGCUGGUCGGAGCCUUUCUUCCGUUCUUCAUCCUUUCAGAAAAUUGGAUUUCAGCUGAGAACAUCAACUUUUACAAUGUGAGACCUCCACUAGACCCCACUCCAUUUCCAAACAGUUUUAAGUGCUUUACUUGUGAUAAUGCAGCGGACAAUUACAACUGUAACAGAUGGGCUGAAGAUAGAUGGUGUCCUGAAAGUACUCAGUACUGUUUGACAGUUCAUCUCUUCACAGACCACGGGAAAAGUACAUCAGUCACCAAAAAAUGUGCUACUGGAGAAGAAUGCCAUUUUGUAGGCUGCCACCGUCACAGAGAAAGUGGCCACACAGAAUGUGUUUCUUGCUGUGAAGGCAUGAUUUGCAAUGUAGAAAUACCAACCAAUCACACAAAUGCAGUAUUUGCUGUAUUGCAUGCCCGGAGAACAUCGGAUGGCAGCAGGCGGACAGUCGAUGUUGCAGUGCUUGUAUCAGUCAUGAUGAUCUUGUUGUCGUGAUGCAGCACCCUCCUGUCAUGUCUGCUUGAGAGGGUCUGCCUUCCUGCAGGCUGUAAGAAGCUGUAAGAAGAUUUUUUCAGUAUGUGCAAGGAGAAAUCACUAAUACUUCUUAAUUACAGAAAAUGUAAAGGGACGGUGGAAGGACAAGUGUACAUCAUGAAGUCCUCGGAUAUUUUAGUGAAGAUAUUUCAUAUGGACUCCAGUAUUUUUUCAAAAACAGUACAACAACCCACUGGUUGACUAGGCAGUGGGGUGAACUCAAAUUAUUAUAACUCACUAUUUUAUGACGAAAAAAAAGCACAUGUGCUUGGCAUGAUUUUUGAACAGAGACAAGUGUCUGUAGACAAUCACUUUCCCAGGUGAGAUAAAAAGGAACUUUCAAUGGACAAUGUGCCAGCAGAUAUCUCAAUGGAAACUGUUUUUAAACUGUUUUUCAUUGUGCAUAAAUAGCAUGAAAUUUCUUGUCUUGAUCAACAGGCGUAUUUAAGCUUAUCUUUAGUUACAGUUUUCAUAAAUAACACGUAUGGUUUUCAUAGAGAACACAUAUGAGAGAAGUUUUUUUCUGUUUUGAUCAGAGCUAUCAUUUCUACUGGAAAUAGUACUUUAUAUCUUUCUUUUCUGUAAAAUGUUGUCUCACACUCAGAUUUUAAAACAGUGUGAAAUUAUGUAUAAUUUCUGUCCAAAACCUAUGAACUGUUUGAGCACCUAAAUCAGAAUUCCUUCCCCCACCUCCCACCCCACCUCAAGGGAUUAUUUUCUUGCAAUAGUCUCACGUCAGCUGAAUCACUGUGAUAUUGUUGCAAGUGGUGGUAAUACCGUGAUUUUGAAAUUACAGCUACAGUCAAGCAGCUAAGUUAUCAUAAAAAUUGUAAGUGGGCACUUGGUAUAAAUAAGGAGAAAAGUCUACUGUGUUCUCUCUUGAUUUGCAGAAGCUUCUCCAAGAAAUAUUGUUGCCCUCGAUGGAUCUUCAGCUUGUAAGUCAGCACUAUUGGAUGUCCCAGACCUCUGGACAUCAUUGUUAUGUAGCUUUGCCACCCCUAUUUGAAAAGUUUGGGCAAAGAUUCUAUUUUUCAUUACAGUAUUGGGGGGGGGGGGUUAAUCUGCUUUAUUUGCAUAGUUUGUUUAUUUGAUUCUUUAUCAUUUAGAUGACUGUUCGUCAAUUAGAUGAACAGCAGCAAAUUUGACAACUAAUACAGUUUAGAUUACAGUUAAUGUACUAAAAACUUUGUUGUUUUCCUUUGUGAACCUUGUGACGCAGACCAACAUAAAUAAGUUUUGUGUGAACUUUCACUCCUUCUAGCACAGAACACUGCUUUCCAGGGCUCUGAUAGAUCAAGCCUCAAUACAGUUUUAAUAGGUCAGACUUACAGAGACUGCACAGGUUACUUCUUUAAUGCAUGUGUUCUUUGCAUUGCAGAUGCCCUGAUUGUAGAGACCAGCAGGUAGUGAUGUUAUAUGACUUCUCAGUAUAGUUUUAUGUGAUGCAAAAUCCUAACAAACUUCAGCUGCUCCUGUUCGUAGAAUCACUGCAUCACAGAAUGGUUUGGGCUGGAAGGGACCUUAAAGACCAUCUCGUUCCCACCCCUGCCCUGGGCAGGGACCCCCCCCAGCCCAGGCUGCUCCCAGCCCCAUCCAGCCUGGCCUGGAGCACUGCCAGGGAUGGGGCACCCACAGCUGCUCUGGGCAGCCUGGCCCACCGCCUUGCCGCCCUCACGGGGAGAGGUUCUUCCUGAUCUCUGACCUGCAUCUACCCUCUCUGCGCUCAAAGCCACCCCUGUGCCCUGUCACACGUGCCCCUGUAAGAAGCCCCCCCCCAGCUUUCCUGCCGGCCCCUUCAGGCGCUGGGAGCUGCUCUAAGGCCCCCCCGGAGCCUGCUCUUCUCCAGGCUGAACAGCCCCAGCUCUCCCAGCCCGGCUUCCCAGGAGAGGGGCUCCAGCCCCUGCCCAUCUCCGUGGCCCCCUCUGGGCUUGCUCCCGCAAGUCUGUGUCCUUAUGCCAGGGCCCCAGAGCUGGAUGCAGCGCUGCAGAGGGGGUCUUACGAGAGCAAAGCAGAGGGGCAGAGCCCCCUCCCUUGCUCUGCUGGCCGUGCUGCUGGGGAUGCAGCCCAGGGAGCGGUUGGCUUUCUAGGCUGUGAGUGCACAUUGCUGGGUCAUGUUGAGUUUCUCAUCCACCAACACCCCAAAGUCCUCCUCUCUUCAGGGCUGCUCUCAAUCCAUUCUCCGUCCAGCCUCUAUUUGUGUUAUACAUGUGUCCUGCAUGCAGGACCUCGCACUUGGCCUUGUUGACCUUCACGAGGUUCUCACAGGCCCACCUCUCAAGCCUGUCAAGGUCCCUCUGGAUGAAGGCCAAUGUUGUCAAGGUCCCCCUGUUUGCCCUAUUGCGUUUCUUCCAACUUCCCACCAUUUUCGUAAACUUUCUCUGACAGCCUAAGAUAUUACAGCACAGCUAAGGAUUUGACCUAGCAAGGUUGAAGAAUUGCAUUUCACUUUUUUUCUUUUUCUAAAUGAUUUUAUUCAUUUAUGAAUAUACCUAUUUGAUUGUGAAUAAGAUAGUUCUGAUAUUUUUCUAGUGGUUUCUUCUCAUCUUAACUGAGAUGGUUAAAAUUAUGAUUAACUGUUGAAAUAUUUUUCUGGAAGCAUGGAUCAUUAAGACCUAAAAGGAGAUUCAAAACUGUUCUCUGAAAAAUUCAAGUAACUAUAAAUUGGGAUUUUUAAGCAUAAAUAUUGGCUUAAAUAUUUGAUGGUUUACAUCUCUAGAUAUAUGUUGGCUAGCAAUUGAAAAACAGAUUUUAAAAUGUUUUUCGUCCUGUUUACAUUGUAAAAUUGCCUACACAAUAUUUUUAGAAUAUAUAAAUGUCUAAAAGUCAGGCUGUGAUUUGCUGACAGACAAUUGCAUGGUUACAAAACUUGGAUGGAAACACUUUUUCCUUUCCAAUUACAAAUAGUCCUUGCUGUCUCAGUCAAGGUUUUCCAGGCUCUGGGUUCUGAUGACCAUUGUUGUGCCAUCCAACAGGCCAAGGUGCUGAGCAUGUUUUGAGGAAAUGUUUACUCUGAUCAGUGGUCACCCCUAGGUAACAAACCUAUAGUAUUAACCUUGGUGGCAGACAUAGUGACAAGCACAUUCCAUGUUUUUAUCAUUAAGUAUCAUCUUUUUGCUACGUGAUCUACAGGGCACUUGAACUUCUUUCUCAUGGGAAAAUCAUUCCAGGUUUGCUCUCUGCUCCAGGUUUGCUCUCUGCACAACGGGGUGUUCCUUAGUAAAAUGAAAGCAAGUUUUGUUCCAUGUUUCAGGUCAUGGUAUUUUUCCUGGGUUUGCCUCUAAGCACGAGGUGCUCCCGUAAUUCAUUCCUGGGGAUAAUUAUUGCAAUCUUAACAAGGCCUUAAAGUGCCCUAUAGUCUUAUAUGAGUUUACUGUAAAUAAUUUACAAUAAUCUAAAGUGCUGACAUUUGUUUACACUGCAAAUGCCAUUCCAGAGCAUUUGGGAAUGCCAGGGAGACCCUGGAGAGCUUCCCAGAGGGGUGGGCUCAGGGGCAGAGGGAAAGGGCUGCAGGUUCUCCGCAACUGCUGAAAGACCUUUUGGGAGGGGACGUCUCUGUGUGGGUUUGAUUUUCUUGGUUGAACUGAAGCUUUGAUUUUUUUCUUGUUUGCCACACUGAAAAGUUAAGAAAUCUGCUUAUAAUUUAAAUACUUAAUGCAUUUGGUAAAAAAUUGUUUGGAAUAAAAAAAAAAUUUCCACGGAAGUGCCAAAAUAGUAUGCUUGAUUUUAAUUGUCAUCUGUUUAAAAUGAACAAUAAAGACAGCAACCUGGGUAUAUGAAAGGAUUUGGUGUUGCCAAAGGUUUAUUUUUUAGCAUAAUAGAAUUCCAGUAGCGGAGGAUAUUAAAGAUGAGUUCUAGUCAUCUUGAUACAUCAGUAACUUUGUUACUGCAAGGUUUAGGACUAUUGUUUCUAGAAAAACAAAUAUGCAAAAGCUGUUAAUGCAAUGUUAAUGCUGCACAAAUAGGCACUUGGCUGAAGAAAUACAGAAUUUAAGAGUGAAUAUCAAUUUCACCCUUUGCUGCAUUUUACAUAUAUAAAAACCUGUGUGCUUCUGAUUAUUUUAGGCCGAUGUUCAAUGCUAACUUUGUAGGAAAAGCAGUAUGUGCUGAUUAUUAGAGAAACUAGCGCUAAAAUACACCAGAGUGCAUAUUUUUGGCCUGACUAAUGAUUGACUGUGUAGGCAAUCUUAAUUUAUGGUAGAAAUUUUAUAUUUUAAUAAAUAGAUUCAAGUAUCAGCUAUGUUUUCAGGUAUCAGUCUGAAGCACUCACUAAGGAAGUUAAAAGAGUAUUAUGUGAUUUGAGAAAAAUAAUUUUCAGGCGCUCCGCAAUAUAUAUAACUUGUGCAUCUCUGUUUUGGUUCACAGAUGUAACUUACGUAUAUAUGACUUUUUAAUGCCUAAAUUAGCCAUGCAACUUUGAAAAUGGUGUUUCUGUAAACAUUCAUAAUGUACAGAAUGCACGUUCAUAACUUUAUGUGCAGAAAAGUGUUUGCUAAUGCUUCUGUGUACAUCCAGCUUCCAACAAUAACAGGUUAAAUACUGUAUUCACACUCAGUAGUGGGGCAGAUGUGCCUCUCCGAGUCAGCAGGCACUGGGUAAAAUCAGUGGGUGCCAAACUCAUGUGCUUUCAUGGGCAAAAGGAUCCCCUUGUGUUGCCCUUAGAACCUGAAAAGAAAUCAGGAGUAAGAGCAAGUGCAUCAGUUUGUGUAGCUGAGGAAAGAAAAGUGUCAUUUUAUGAUGUAUGUGUAUAAUGAUGAUUUAUUAUUUUUAUUUUACAUUGCACCAGACAGUCUAUAGAAGAUUAAUUUUUAAAAGCUUAAAUAUAGGGAAACUUGUUUGCUAUUCAGUGUUGGUUUGUAUAAUGCUUUCUUACUGCUGUGUUACCAUUUUAAAUCUUCUCUAGAAAUAACACUUUUAAUUAAAAAUAUU